CAAACUGGUACAAGCUUUGCCAACAAGCCACCAGUAACCGAUGGAGAGAGGAACACCCACGAAUUCUUCGGACGACUAGCCGUUUGUGCGUAACAAGAUUAUAGUGAACCAUUCUUACUCUCAAAACUUAUCUGGCCAGCGGCAGGAAUCAUGCAAUACCAACACCCAGUGUCUUCAGCGAUGAGUGUUCCUCUUUACGCACCGACCCCAAUUCAGCCCGUCCACCCGACUCCUUUCUACAUCGAAGACAUCCUGGGCAGAAAUGUGACUACGACGUCUUCAGCAGUCGCCCCGACUCCCACCCUACCGUCUCCAAAUUCGUCCUUCACGAGUUUGGUACCCCCGUACAGAACUCCCAUCUAUGAGCCAACGCCGAUUCAUCCAGCGUUCUCGCACCACGCAGCACUGACAGCUACGUACGGCUCGGGAGCGUUUACCAACUCCAUCUAUCCAUUUCACCGCGCAGUCGGAGAUUACGCCCAUGCACUGAUCAGGCACGAUCCUCUCGGUAAACCACUUUUAUGGACUCCCUUUAUCCAAAGACCACUGCACAAAAGGAAGGGUGGACAAGUAAGAUUUUCCAACGACCAGACGGUAGAACUGGAAAAGAAGUUUGAGACACAGAAAUAUCUCUCACCGCCGGAACGGAAAAGACUAGCAAAGAUGUUACAGCUCAGCGAAAGACAGGUGAAGACUUGGUUCCAGAAUCGUAGAGCAAAGUGGCGACGACUCAAGCAGGAAAACCCUCAAGGUGUUAAACGAGAGAUGGAAGCUGAAAAUGUAGAAAGAAAUUGCGAGUCGAGGCAGGACUUGGGCGUCAGCCCCGACGAUAGGAGUUCAGAAGUUGCGAAUAGUCGGUCGCAGUGUUCUUCUUCUCCGGUGUCGCAGGGAGAAAUUGAGUCAGACAUCUCAGACGAUUCGGACCAAGAGCUGGACAUUGAGGAAGACAUCGAGUUGUCUUUAAACGCGCAAAUAUGAUAUAGUCUGAUAUCCCCAUAUCCCCAUGGUGAAGUCUCCACCUCGCUACAUGUUUUCCCUCUCGACAUAUCACUUUUCUAGACAACCUAAGUUUCUAAAUGAGGUUUGUACAUAUGUAUGUAUAUUUCGUGGAGAGAAAUGCUGUUCCCAUUUCUCAUAUAAAUUAAAGAAUAUAUCGUUUGUACAGCAUUUUGGGAAAGAAUGUUAUUUUCAACAAACCAAAAUGUAUGUGCCGCUAGCCCUUAUUCACCUCGGUGAAAUUAAUUGAAGAUUUUGAUGAUUAAUUUUAAAAUUCUUAGAGUUUUUUUGUUUGUUUAUUAGC